AUGGGUGCAGAUUAUGCACGAGAAAACGGCCAAUAUAACCCUGGCCACAAUGUCAACGAGCCUAAGUUUGACACUCUGUCAGAACAAAUGUCGUAUUGGGUCAAGGAGACAUUCACAAAGCUGAUCAACCCAUGGUCAUUUGUCCCAAGUGACAUUGUACCGGUCAUCGAUGGCCAUCUUUGGACAAUUCCGAUCGAGUUCCGCUCAUCUCUGAUUCUCUAUGUAACACAAGCCGGUUUAGCACACCUUUCAAACACAGUUCGCAUGUCGGUGCUAGUUGGUCUCAUAUUUUGGGUUCACCAGAUGUACCGCUGGGAGAUGAUUCUGUUCUAUGGUGGUUUCCUUCUCGCCGAAACUGAUCAUUAUCGUGCUUCUCGUCUCCCUUAUGACCUCUCAUGGCAUAAGAUGGCCAGCACUACCCGGAUCGAUAGGCUCAAGUUAGUGUUCUAUAUCACAGUCUUCAUCGCUGGAAUGUAUCUUGGUUGUCAGCCACAACUGGACGCGGAAACAACGCCAGGCUGGAUUACCCUUUGGAACAUGAUCCCAGCCACUGCAAAGAUUGUUCAAUAA